GGCGCACAGAAACACUUCAAACUAAAACAGGGGCAUGCGCAAAACUAGAGAAAACAGAAAUGGAGGACACUCUCUUCCUCCAACUGCACAAGCUUUCACCUGUAACAUCCGAGGAAACCCUAGAACAGAUAUUCAACAGUCUGUGGAAAUCUAGACGAACUGGCUUGAAAGCUCCAGAGAAAGCUUACAUGAAGUCUCUUCUCAAUCUUUCAUCUCUAGAAGACAUCGAUCCGGUAUUGGCAUGCCUCCGCUCGCUUAUCAGAAAGAGUGUGAAUGAAAACUUCAAUGGAGAUAGCAUUUUGAAGCUUUUUCCAGAUGACCUCGCUCUUGAGCUGCAAAGUAUUCUUUUAGCAUUACUCCAAAAAUAUCAGAACCAAUGGAAAGAGGAUGCAUCCAAAGAUCAGACUCCAUGGCCAAGGACCAAUGCCACUUAUCAAGUUAAAGCUAGUACACAACCUUCUUUCACACCUUUCCCAGCUUCAGAUAUGUCAACAUCAAUGUGGCCUCGGCAAGAUGACCCUAUUGUUCACUUUAAUCGAAAUGAUGAUGCUAGUACAACACCAGUUGAUGAUAUUAAUGCAUCACAUGUUGCUCCAGUGUCUCUUCAACGAGAUGAUGGUCUGCCUGACAAUCUGGGAAUGCUACCUCGACUCAAGUCAAUGACUUGGACCAUGGAGAAUCGGAACUCAAGGCCAGCUAAUAGAGUGGCUGUCAUUAGUUUGAAGCUGCAAGAUUAUACCAAGUCCCCCUUAGGAGAAACUGAAGUACGGUUUCAGCUUACCAGAGAUACACUGGAAGCUUUGUUGAGGUCAAUGGCCUAUAUCAGUGAGCAGCUCUCGAUGGCCUAUGUCAGCGAACAUCUCACUAACAUUGUUGAGUGUUCUUCAGAACCAUUGCAGAAGAAGCAGAGGCAAUAAUAACAUCUUCGCUCUCUUUUAAUAGGAUACCUUUCUAUGUUAGGGUCAGAAAUGAAUAUUGGACAUGUUUGAAUAGUUUCCAUGUAAGCUUUUGGUUUAUCUUUGUACAUAUAAUGGGCUA